CUGUCCGCAAUGGAAGAGAAAGGGCAUCAGAUUAGGAUUAUGGGCCAAAUCGACAGUUACGCCGAGAAUGUUGUGGUGUACUUAGGUCGGCCUACUGAUCGGACCGAGACGGCAUGCAGGCCUUGCAUUUCUUCACCAACAACGCCGCUGGUUUACCCAACCUUCCUUGGACGUACUCUACUCUACCUGGGGUCGAGCAGGGUCUUGCAGACAUUUUGACUCGACCUUGGUUCCAGCGGAUAUGGACCGUUCAAGAAGCUACGCUAGCUCAACAUACAACUCUCCUCUGCGGCGAGCACCAGGUUUCGUGGAACGGCGACCUGCAGACGAUGAAGUCUCUAGUCAUCCGUAUCGAGGCCACAGCCAUCUCACCGUUCUUUGCAUGUUAUGGUGAACUGCCCAGCACACUCGACUGGAGCCCGCUCAUGAACAUCCUCGAGACACAGAUGCGGCAGGCUGCCGAGAGGGAAGGUGUAGUUCUUAAAGAAAUCAUCUCGAUCUUGCUUUCGAUUUUCGACACCGCCAAUCGACAAAUCCAAUGGAUCGAUAUCUUGCGAUAUUCGGAAUUAUCGGGAAUGACCAAGGUGGCCAGCUCAGUGUGGCGCCGGACUACCAGAACGCCAAAUUGCAAGACCUGCAUGAUAGGUUCCUGGAAGAGGUUUGGCGAAUCGUUGCAGUGGAGCAAUCCUGGAACUCGAAUCUGGCGAACCUCCGCCUUCUGUGAGGAGAAAACGCGAGUGGUCAUCUACUUACAGUUAUCUCGACUACGCUUGUGGGCUUCCGGCUUGGUGUUCCUGUGUCGUCGUAGAUUACGAGAAAAUAUCGCGAAGUGGCUCUAGCGAACAACAUCAGCAUACAGUACGGGUAUGGUCCGAGAAGUAGCAAACAUAACAUCUUCUUGCUUUCACUAUAUAUUUACAAGCACACAUCCUCUCUCUCCUUUGCUUCUUUGAUCUACCGUUGUGCGAG